CCAGCAGCUCCUGGGAUAUGCUUACUGAUACCCGAAUAUUCGGUUCAGGGAGUCUUAUCUUUAAGACUGAUUGCAAUACUAAAAGACAGUAUGUCACCAGUGCCAAUUACAUUGUUUUCUUUCCGGGAACAUGGAAAAUCGCACAAUAAGCCUUUUCAAAAUAACAAGAAGAACCUUUUCUGAAUCUGUUACAUAUAUAAAUGGGUCUUUGCAACUGAUGUGGGAGGACAAUGCAAAAUAUCACCGCUGAGCACAAUGCCAAAGAAUGAAGAACUGCUGUGGCUAGAGAACAUCGAGUGGUAACCAUGACUGCGUGCAACAACAGCUUGUUUCAGGCUUGCACCUUGCAGGAGUCUAAUGCUUCAAGCCUGUUCUCUGCUGAAUAUACGGUCAUGCCCAUUACUCUAAGGAUAUUGUUGGCAGCUAUCAUGAUAUUUAUGAUCACUGUUGGUUUCUUGGGCAAUGCAAUUGUGUGCUUGAUUGUCUACCAGAAGCCGGCUAUGAGGUCUGCAAUUAACCUUCUUUUAGCAACGUUAGCCUUUUCUGACAUCAUGUUGUCUCUUCUGUGCAUGCCCUUCACUGCAGUCACCAUUAUCACAGUCGACUGGCACUUUGGGGCACACUUCUGCAGGGUGUCAGUCAUGCUCUACUGGUUUUUCGUUCUAGAAGGCGUAUCAAUCCUACUGAUCAUCAGUGUGGACCGUUUUCUGAUCAUAGUCCAGCGGCAGGACAAGCUCAAUCCUCACAGGGCCAAAAUAAUGAUCACAACAUCCUGGCUGCUCUCGUUCUGUAUUUCUUUCCCCUCAGUUGUGGGCUGGACAGUUGUUGAAGUCCCAACCCGGGCCCCCCAGUGCGUUCUGGGCUACACGGAAUCUCUGGCUGACCGGGUGUAUGCAGUCCUGCUGGUGGUGGCUGUUUUCUUCAUCCCUUUUGGCAUCAUGCUGUAUUCCUACCUCUGCAUCCUCAACACAGUGCGUCGCAAUGCUGUUCGUAUUCACAACCACGCUGACAGCCUGUGCCUGAACCAGGUCAACAAGCUGGGACUCACAGGUAUGCAGAGGCCGCCACAGAUGAACGUGGACAUGAGCUUUAAGACCAGGGCCUUCACCACCAUCCUCAUCCUUUUCGUUGGGUUCUCCAUCUGCUGGCUCCCUCACACCGUGGUCAGUCUUCUCGCGGUCUUCAGCAGCCGCUUCUACUUCAGCCCCUCUUUCUAUGCAGUCAGUGCCUGUGCGUUGUGGCUCAGCUAUCUGAAGACCGUCUUCAAUCCCAUCAUCUACUGUUGGAGGAUCAAGAAAUUCAGGGAGGCCUGCCUGGAGUUCAUGCCCAAGACCUUCAAGAUCCUCCCAAGAAUGCCUGGAAGGAGCCGAAGAAGGAUUCGGCCCAGUAACAUUUAUGUCUGUAGUGAGCUCCAGUCCGCUGUGUAAGACACACAGCAAAUUAAAAACCCACUGUAAAGCCUUAUUUUAAACUGGCUAGUGGACUAAAGAUUAACCCCUACAUUCCAACACGGUAUACUGUUUACGUAACAAUUUUCCCCACUCAAAUUGGUGUUUUGUCUACAAUGGAACAAUAAAACACAGCUUUGUAUAAAUAUCUAAAAUACUGUACAUUGUUCAUACUCUACAUUCAUUUUGUCAUACCAAUAUCCAAAUUAUACAAAGUAAUUUAACAGGUUACAUGUAUUAUAGUGCCUUUCAUCACAGUCAGGAUCCAAGAGCUGAACUACUGAUUGUUCAGAAAAGUACAGCCUCCUUAGAGGUGGAAUAUGCCAUUUCUAAAGUUCAAAACUACUCCCAUCAAGUACUGUUGGUUCAAUGCUGCGUAUUUAACUGGAUUAAAGCAAUGUCUCAGUCUCCAAUUACAGUGCUCCCAAUUGUAACUUAAAUUGCAAUGCAGUAUGGUUUUCCAACACUUAGAGAAGUUAAUGCAAAUAAACAUAGUGGCGUGAUCUGUAUUAUCAUGUUCUCAGGGGCAACUGGACAGAAAUUGCUAGGAUGCUUCAUAGGAGAAAUGGUAACAUCAAGGCAACCUGUCAUGAACCUAUUUGGCACAGUGUUUAAGUGGAUACUGACCUGGUUUGGCACUUUUUCAUAACAGAUUUAAUUUUAAUUUUUUCUAUAUAUAUAAACUACACUGUCACUGGUGGAAAGCUUCAGGCAGUUUAACUAAACUACAGAUUACAGAUUCUACUUAAUUUUUUUUAUAUAUAACAUUAAUAUGGCAUCUUUAAUACAAAUGUCACUCAGAACACUUUAGGUAAUUCAAACACAGUGUUAUAAAAACAAUUAAUGGUAACUGCUCCAGAUCAUGUUACUUCAGCAGCCUAAAGCAGAACAAGCUAGCUUCACUGUCAGGAAGAUGUUCAUCAGGAUUUUAUGUCACAGCCAAAGAUGCUCUGGCAAACCUAAGUAUUUACAUUUUAGGAAAUCAUAAUGUGACUUCAAAGAAGAAUCAGGCUUUACUGUUUUUGAGUUGUUCCUAGGCAUUUAACUGUAGUUCCCAGCACUCUUUAUGGUCUGAGUAAACACCUUAUUCCACAGCCUGAGCCCCUUAAUAAAACAUGACGUCUGCAUUUCUCAUAUGUCUAAAAAUAAGGUCUUUCCAAUGCCAUUGAGAACCAUAUGAAUGUAUUUUAGAGAGAAGAAAGUGUAGUGUUAUCUGAUGGUCUGAUUGUAAUAUCUUAUGUAAUGCAUGAUAUUGAGAUACAGAUUAUUUUCAACUGUAUUUUUAUUGAAAUAGGGAUAGAUAUUAGAAAAUAAAAUUGACAUAAGGCCAUUAACAACCAUACAUGUGUUUUUAUAUAUUUAAUAUAAUUUAAAUAUAAUUAUGUAUUUAAUAUAUUAUAUAUGUAACUUGAAAUGCGUUGGUUUACUGCACAGAUUUGAGAUAACCUUUGAAAUGGGGUUUUGUUUUUAAAUGCCAGAGACGUUCUAGAAUUAAGAAGUGUUUUAUUAAUACAUACUAUGGUCUGCCAUUGUAAUAUUAUGCAAUAUUGCGUACUAUUUUUAGUACAUACCAAUUUAAUAAAAAAUUAAUGAUCGUCAUAUUUUCAUUAAUCAUAUUUCUUGUUACAAUUCAAAGUUUUUGAAGAUAAUUGCAUUUUGAUCCUACAAUUAGAGGUUUGAAACGUAAUGAAAACCCCAGAUUUGUCUUGAAGUUACAAAUCUAUUCUAAUGAAUAGUAUGUUCAUUUGUUGUGCUUUCACAUACAUCAUUGUUGUCUUAAACUCUGCUGUAUUGAAAAUUUAUA